UUCAAGGUUUUAGAAACCGCUUUACGAGCUGUUUUGGGACUCCAAAACCGCUCAUGUUGACGGUACCUUGUAUCUCGCAAAACUGCUUUUCUUUCCUUUAAAGGCCCUUCUUGACUUUCAGAUGAAAAAUGGUUCUCAAAAGAACUCCCCCGCCGUACGUCAGUUCAGAACCAUAGAGACUGACUGACUGAUCCAUAUCUUCAGAGCUGAUCAACUCAGGCUAAGCGGCAGAAACCCUAGCUAGAAUCUUGAUUGAUCGAUCGGAGAGGGAGGAUCUAUGGGGAGAGGGAAGAUUGUAAUCAGGAGGAUCGAUAACGCGACGAACAGACAAGUGACUUUCUCAAAGCGAAGGAGUGGAUUAUUAAAGAAGGCCAAGGAGCUGUCUAUCCUGUGCGAUGCAGAAGUGGGAGUCAUCGUCUUCUCCAGCACCGGCAAGCUCUAUGAAUUUGCAAGCACCAGCAUGAAAUCAGUGAUUGAAAGGCAUAAUGAAUCCAAGGAGGAACAUCAUCAACUACAAGAUAAAGUAUCAGAAGUCAAGUUCUGGCAAAGGGAGGCAGGGAUCUUAAGGCAACAAUUACACAACUUGAAAGAACAUCAUCGGCAAUUGAUGGGAGAAGAACUAUAUGGAUUGAGUGUCAAAGACCUGCAAAAUCUAGAGAACCAACUGGAGAUGAGUUUACGAAGUGUCCGCAUGAAGAAGGACCAGAUUCUAAAGGAUGAGAUACAAGAGCUAAAGCGAAAGGGAAAUUUUGUACAUGAAGAAAAUGUAGAACUCUACAAGAAGGUAAACUUCAUUCGUCAAGAAAACAUGCAAUUGUAUAAAAAGGCCUAUAGCAUGAGAGAUGUGAUUCCAAUGAAUGGAAAUGCCCAAAAUCCAUACACUUUCAGCAUCGGGGAGGAAUUACAUGUUCCCAUCAGUCUCCAACUAAGCCAGCCUGAGCAGCACCGUCUUGAAAUGCAGUCAAGGGAAACAAGAUCAAGGCAGAGUUCUCUUAUAACCCUUGAAAGGUGAACAAGCUUUAUUGCAGAUAACGUUACCAGGAUCCAAGCAUUGUCAGGUCAACAUUUGCCACUCUCAAGAAGAUCUCAUAUUCUAUGGAGAUGCUCCUACAAUUUGCAAGCAAUAGAUGAGUGUUUCUGUACCAAAACAAAACAAAGUACAAUUAGAAAAAGAGCCAUGAUUUCUUGAUGCUACAAACACAUUGUAUGGACUACAUUGCAGAUAACAACUCAGAGCAGCACCUUUAUAAAUGAAAAGUUUAGUUCUGUAUCCAGUCUUACACCUCCAGAAUUCUCAGUGAACAAGGAGCAUCACUGUAUGGUGUCAUCUUUUAUAGUGGUGCAGAUAAAUAAUUGAGCAACUUUUUUAUAUAUGGGAGUGGGAGGAGAGGA